AUGCGGACAUUAAAGCGCCUAACCUUUACGUUAACCCAGAAUACCCUGUGCUAUUUCAGACUGGAAUUUCUAUUGCAGCUAUGGAGUACUGCUGCUCCUUCUGUUCCAGAGCAAACUUGCCUAUACUCUGCCUGGCUCAUGGAAACCCUGGAUCGAGGCCUUCGGCGAACUCUUAAUGGUACUGCUAGGGGGAGUGAUAUUAUUCGCUAUCUGAUUAUGAUCCCAGAUCUUGCCGAAUUUGAUGAAUAUACUAAAGUUGGCUUUGCCCAUGAGGAUUUAAACGCACAUAACAUUAUGAUAAAUGACAAUUUCCACUUGACAGGCAUCGCUCCAGCUAUCAUCCACAACCCUUGGUUUGUCGCCGAUGUUCCCGGAUAG